ACUGGCCGGGGAAAUUUCAAUUCGUUUAGUGCUCGCAGAGUCGAACAGGUGGUGUGUUGGUAUCCGGUCAAUAAACAUUUUUUAGUUUCGAAAUCGCUGUUUGUUAUUAAAUUGUUUCUGUGUUUUCAAUAAUGUGACACAAUGUGCCCGGAUCUGGGACGCUUUGAAGAGGACCUCACCAACUGAAACGUGGCAAUUUAUUGUUUAUAAAAGGACUUCGAGCCCGGUAUGCCCGCUCUUCGCCUCUUCGGCAGGAAAUGGUUAGCCGCCUCGGACGACCUUGUUUUCCCCGGAUUAUUCGAAAUUUUCGUGCGGACAUUAUGGCUAAUAUUGAUCGUCAUCGUACACGUAAAGUACUACGAUUCCACAUGGGAAUGCACACGCGGCGGGGAUUACGUUCGGGCUUACAUCAUCGGCAUGAUGGCCCUCCUUAGCCUAGUUAUCCUCGUCCUUGUGGCUUUAGUCAAUCGCAGUGCCAAAGGAUCAAUUACGGACGAGGAGGCACGAAAGCUCGUCCCACCCCUCCUGCUACUCAAGUUGUUCCUUAUUAUUCCCGAAACGGUCCUUAACGUUUUCGGGAGCUUGUGGGCGUUCUCCACGGUCCUAGUCGUGUGUCCUUACGAAGGAAACUUUUCCAGGACGGUGAUUGAAGCUUUAGUAGUCUUCAACUGGGUCCUCUUCGGCCUCGCGAUCUUCGGCCUGGCCCUCGUGUUCGACCCUCUAGGCUCGCGCCGCUACCACGAGGUCCAGGAAACCCCCAGCGCCGGCGAGUCCCUACGCCACCGCAAGGUCACCAGCUUGUGGCAGCGCCGCUUCCGAUGGGCGUGUUGCUGGGUCAAGUCCGACGAGCACGGCCACGAAGCGUUCCAGCAAGUGGCGGCCCUUCUGAGCGCCCUUUUCAGGAGUACGGACCUGGUUCCUUCGGACAUCCUCGCCGGGUGUGUCCUUUUACGGGUGAAACAGAAGCGGGAAACGCGCGAGAUGAGGAGGAUACAGAUGCUGGCGGACGACGAGCCGAAAUAUAGCACAGAUCUGAACCGGAUUUUUGCGAUGGCCCCCAGGUGGAUGAAUCUGGAGAACGCGAGGCAUUUUUUGAAGCUGUCAAUGGCGGCGUACGGGUGGCCGUUCGUUAUGUACACGUACUGUGGGACCGGGGUCUUCAGGUUGAUGAAGGAAGUUACGUGUUGUUCGUGUUUUAGACCGAAAAAGACGUUAGUGAUUGAUGAUAAUUGUUGUUUGUGUCAUUUGGCGGGAGUGAAAUACAUAUCGAAAAUUAGGGAGGAUGAUAUUUUGUUCGCGUCGUUCAGGAACCAUAUUUUUGAGUUGCCCUUCUGCGUAAUCGUGGACCACAAAACCUCCAGCAUUGUGAUAGCCAUCCGUGGUUCCAUAUCCCUACGCGACGUCUUCACCGACUUGACAGCCACGUCGGAGAAAUUCGAAGCCGAAGGUCUGCCCCCCGACACCAUGGCCCAUAAGGGCAUGUCCUGCGGGGCCACCUACGUUGCCAAAAAAUUAAAAGAGCUGGGUAUUCUGGACAAGGCCUUCGCCAUGUACCCAGAGUACGGACUCGUCUUGAUAGGACACAGCCUCGGCGCUGGAGUCGCAUGCCUGCUUGCCCUUAAAAUCAGACACAAGUAUCCUGAUCUCAAAGUAUACGCUUUCUCAACACCAGCCGGUCUUCUGAGCCGCGAUGCUGCAAGACUGACCGAAACCUUCAUUUUCACCGUCGGCGUCGGCGACGACUUCGUGAUGCGUUUGGGAGUCGACAGCAUCGAAAAUCUGAGGACCGGGAUCAUUCAGACGCUCCACGCCAGUAAAUUGCCGAAGUACCGCAUCUUAUUAAACGGAUUUGGUUACGCUCUCUUUGGGGUACCUUCGGGCGAUUUGGAGACGACGUGGAGAGAUGAAAUAGCAACUGUUCCGGGUGGUCGAUCUCCGCUUCUGGAGCGCUCGAUUCCCACAGUGGCAGCAUCAACGGAAGCCGCUCUUCUAUCCCGAGACAUAUGCGUUAGGAGAUUUUCAAAAAUUAGACUUUUUACCGCUGGGAGGAUUUUGCACAUCGUGAGCAGGAAAAAGACCAAAGCCGAAAGGAAAGCCGGCACUGGAGGACCCACGUUUGAAAUGCGAUGGGCCACGGCUGAAGAUUUCAUGGAGCUUAAGGUUAUGCCAAAGAUGUUGCUAGACCACCUGCCCGACAACGUGUAUAAAACGCUAGACACUAUUCUUACGGAACAAAGAGAUGAAAGUAGUCAGAUCGUUUAAGUGGAAGAUACGCUAAGUUGUUGAGUUAUUUUUGUUAUUAUUGUAGUUCUUUAGUAGGUGAAAAUCUCUCUAAACAUUCCCAGCAAUGAACACUGUUUUGUUCUAGUAGCGAAUAUUUCUGUAUUUAUAAUAUAUUUUUUAUAUUAUGAACCUUAUUGUAAAUAAAUCAACAUAUUUCCU